AUGAAGUCAUCCUGGUCGUACCUAGUACGCUUCGUCGCUCAGGAAGAUGGCCAAGUACACCUCGGCCAGGUCGACGCCGGCGAAUGGCAAGAUGUCGGUCUCGCCACUCUGAAAAGCCAGCGUAUUCCCGUCAAGCUAGUGAAAGGGAAUGUGUUUGAUGGAUGCGUGACUGAGGAGGUAAUGCAUGUGAAAGAGCUUCUUUCGCCUCUUACAAUGGAAGAAGUCCCCAUAAUCAGGUGCAUGGGGCUGAACUAUCGCGAUCAUGCCCUCGAGGCCAACAUGGAGAUCCCCGAGGUUCCAGUCCUCUUCGUCAAGCCGAGGACAGCCCUAGCGGGACCAUAUCCUGCACCUAUCAACGUUCCCCGGUUUUCCCAGGACUCUACGAGUGACUACGAAGCAGAGCUCUCCGUAGUGCUUUCCAAGUCUGGCCGAGACAUACCGGAGAGCGACGCCAUGGACUACGUCCUUGGGUAUACAUGUAGUAAUGACGUGAGCGCAAGGAAGCAACAAUUUAUGAACAGCCAGUGGUGCUUUUCGAAAGGGCUUGACGGAUCCUGUCCGAUAGGACCAAUUCUCGUCGCAAAGUCAGCUCUGAAAAACCCACAUUCUCUGAGAAUAAGAGCUAUUCACAAUGGCCAAACUGUUCAAGACUCAAACACGAGAGAGAUGAUUUUCGACAUCCCCAAGAUCAUUGCAUUUCUUUCGCAAGGCACGACGCUAGAGAAGAGCACGAUAAUCAUGACCGGCACCGGGCCCGGCAUUGGCAUUGCUAGGGAUCCUCCGAUAUUUCUAAAGGACGGAGACGAUAUGAGAAUUGAAAUUUCGGAGAUAGGGACUCUCGUCAACGUUGUUAAAUAUGAAUAG